AUGACUAAUGAUAGAGUCAACUUUCGUUUGAUCGCGUUUGGAAUAAGAAUUGAUUGUUACAAGGACGAUUAUAUAAUAUUAUCAGAGAGGGUUCAAAUACCCCCGAGCUAUUCUGUAAACGAUGUAUCGCAAGUAGAUAGCAGAAUCGUUGGAGGGGAAGAUGCCGUGAUAUUGGAUCACCCGUAUCAAGUUUCCUUUAUUGUGAACAAUUCGUAUUUUUGUGGGGGAUUUAUUGUUAGUGAAAACUAUAUAUUGACCGCUGCACAUUGUGCUCAAAACGUCGAUCCAUCAACUGUAGUCUUAAGGGCUGGUAGUUCAUAUCGUACAAAUGGUACAAUCAUCCCAAUUGCUGAAGUCAAACCUCAUCCGGAGUACGACAAUCCCCCAUUUGACAAGGACGUGGCAUACAUGAAGACAGUUGAACCUAUGAACUUUACAGACACAAUACAACCGAUCGCUUUGCCACCUAAAAACAGAAUUUUAAGAGGAGAGGUUAUAGUUAGCGGAUGGGGAAGAACGCAGGAAGGUGCCUCAACUAUCCCAGAUAGGUUGAUGUCUGUCAAACUGCGCGUUGUAAAUUAUUAUCAAUGCUAUCUCGUCUACCCAACGGUUCUAACGAGAAACAUGUGGUGCGGGGGUAAUUUCUUCCUCGGAGGACAGGGGACGUGUCAGGGCGAUUCAGGUGGCGCAGCUAUCCAAGAUGGGAUGGCAGUCGGUAUUGUGUCCUUUGGGAGAGGUUGCGGUCAGCCCCUUGCACCGAGUGUUUUUGCUAACAUCGCUGCUCCAACAAUUCGAGAUUUUAUAUCAAACAACACUGGACUGUAAAAAUGGAUCUAAAGAAAUAUUACUUAAAAAUGGAUGUAAACAAAUUUUACUUUUUGCCGAAUGAUUGUUAUUAUGUGAAAUAAAAUAAGUUAAUGUUAAAAAUUAAACAGCGAGGUGUUCGUCAUUACGAUGGGAAGUGAUGUUCAACAAACUUCAUGGAUUUGAGUUGGUACCUAAUUUUGGAUACAGAAUAGAGAAUUUUUGAAUGAUACACUACAGACAACUAAUACGUAUCACUAUUAAAUCAAUGGAGUACUUUACAAAGGUAACUUUUUAUUAGGUUUAACGAGUUAUAUACAUGGUGUUAUUACUUUUAAAUUGUAUUUAAAAAUUUAUUGUAAUGAAGUUUAAUGUU